UACUUUUUUAAGGGAAGAGGAGUAGGAAAGGAAAGCUAAACCUGCCGGAAAGUGCCCUGUGUCGAGGAGAAUGCGGUGAGGAAGUGUGUGCAUGCUCCUGAACCCUGAGAGCGCCUCAGUUCUGUAACCUUCGCCUCCCACUGGGUGGAGUAGGACUUUUAAGAGCAGCUGGAAUGCAGUUCCCCUGAUCAGUGUAGCCAGUUGUUGCUUGUCUGAACCUCUGCCAGUCCUAGAGAGCGGUACUCUGAGAUCAAACCCGGGGGCCUCGCUGUGUGCCCCUCUCCACAGCCCUUCCCGCCGGAGCAAGGAGAGCGUUCCCACCUGUCCAGCCAUGGGGGAGGACGCUACUCAAGCUGAAAAGUUCCAGCUGCGGGCUUCUGACCCGCGGCAGGAGAAGCCAGCCAGCUCCAGCCCGGUACCCUCCUCCACGCCGAGCCCCAGCCUGAACUUGGGGAGCACGGAGGAGGCCCUCCGGGACAAGUCGCAGGUGAACGCCGUGACGGUGCUCACGCUCCUGGAAAAGCUGGUGAACAUGCUGGAUGCCGUGCAGGAGAACCAGCACAAGAUGGAGCAGCGGCAGAUCAGCCUCGAGGGCUCCGUGAAGGGCAUCCAGAACGACCUCACCAAGCUCUCCAAGUACCAGGCCUCCACCAGCAACACGGUGAGCAAGCUGCUGGAGAAGUCCCGCAAGGUCAGCGCUCACACACGCGCUGUCAAGGAACGCAUGGAGAGGCAGUGCGCGCAGGUGAAGCGGCUGGAGAACAACCAUGCCCAGCUCCUCAGACGCAACCAUUUCAAAGUGCUCAUCUUCCAGGAAGCAAAUGAGAUCCCUGCCAGCGUGUUUAUGAAAGAGCCAGUUUCCAGCUCAGCGGAAGCGAAGGAGGAGCCUGCUGAUGAAAACAAGUCCCUGGAGGAAACCUUGCACACGGUGGACCUCUCAUCGGAGGAUGAAUUGCCCCACGAUGAGGAGGCCCUGGAAGACAGCACAGAGGAAAAAAUGGAAGAAAGCAGGGCAGAGAAAAUAAAAAGAUCCGGCCUCCGGAAAGUGGAUAGCCUCAAGAAGGCAUUUUCUCGCCAGAACAUCGAGAAAAAGAUGAACCAGCUGGGGACAAAGAUCGUAUCUGUAGAGAGGAGAGAGAAGAUUAAGAAAUCUCUCACUUCCAAUCACCAGAAAGUAUCCUCAGGGAAAAGCUCCCCCUUCAAGGUCUCUCCCCUCACUUUCGGUCGAAAGAAAGUCCGAGAGGGAGAAAGCCCAGCAGAAAAUGAGACCAAGUCAGAAGAGUUGCCUAGCAGUGACCAGAUGCUAAAUGACCACGAGGAGAGCUCGUUUGCGGAGGGUGCUUCAGAGGCGUCCCUCAACGGUGCCCUGGUGGAAGGGCAGAGUGCCGAGGGGGAUGCUGCGAGGGCGGCCUCGAGAGGGAGUAACACGCCCCUGGACAGCAACGUCGACUUGACUAUUGUGGAAGACAAAGAAGAAGAGUCGGUGGCCCUGGAACAGGCACAGAAGGUGCGCUAUGAGGGAGGCUAUGUGCUAGCCUCCGAGGAGGCAGAGCAGUCGGAUGAGGAACGGGUGCAGCCGGCUGUGCUGCAGGUGGACCAGACGGCCUGAGCGCCCAGCCUGCCGCGCCCGCAUGGGCUUCCGGCAAGUGGGCAGCCGGCCCGAGAAACGGAGGCCCGCUCGCUCGGUGCUGUUGCCCAGGAGGUGACGAAUCACUACCGAGAGCUGCACGCUCGUGACCACGAUCUACUAUGAAGGCAACCUGCCAGGGGCGCCAUUGCUAAUUUGUCCUUAGGUCUUUUUCUGUAGAAUUUCUCCAAGAUUGCCCGGAAGAAGAAAUAGAGCAGUUGAGAAACACUGGUCGAUUUGACUUAAUAAGAAAAACCAGAGGCUACUUAAGAUACUAGUCAAGAAAUAUGAUUCAUUUUUUAUCAUUCCAUAGGCUUGCUGAAUAGCGUACCAGUAAUAUAUUGAAUUUCCACAGAACUCUGAGAAUCUAAUUAGUCUUCAAGUGUGUGAUAUAUAACAUACAUAUGUAUUUAAGCUGAAGACAUUACUUUAUACUUUAAGAAGAAAACACUUUUUUUAAAAGGUAGAAGAUAAAGUUUAGUUGGAUAUUCACUUAACAGAAACCAUUGUUUCUUUGAAAAUGAAGGAAAAAUUGAAAGACAAUACUAUUCAGCUAAUGAAGUAAGAUAUGUAGAAAAGUUUGGACUAUUAGAAAAAGAGAAUUAAGAGGGAGAAGUUGGAAAAUAAGAGAAACAAAGAAUGCCAAAGAGAGUGAAGACAGAGGAAAAAGUAUGUGCUUAGAAGUAAAAUAUUUACAAUAGUGGUUCAAGUCUAACAAUACUAAAGUUCAUAUAUCCAGGAAUAAUAUGUUAUAGCUUCAUAAUAUUUUUAUUUUCUAAUAUUUUCAAAUGAUAUAAAAACAUUUUACUAUGUUAAAGCUGCGUUUUUUCUUAAUAAAUAAAAGAGAUGAAAAAUAUUUCUCUAAGGAAGUUCAAAAGGAUGUUGUCUCUUUAAUAUUGGAAUGAACAUAAAUCUUCAAAAUUAGUUAAUACAUACUGGCUUUUGUAGAAAGUUGGAUCAUACUAUUCUUUAAUGUAAUGGUUUCCAAAUUUGAAUUAAUGCUUACACUCCAAAUGAUGUAAUGUAGGUUAUAAGAUGUUAAAAAUCAACAGGUUUGGGAAGGAUUCUGUUUUUCCCUUUUUGUACGUAAUGGUAAUUUUAUUCCAGGUCAUAUUUUAUUUAUCUAUUAAUUUCACGGAAUAUGAAUAUGUUCUUAAAGCAUGCUAGUGUUUAUGUAAAAGUACACAUUUAUUUAGAUAGGGUAAUUUUUACUAACAUUCUACUAAAAUUCUGUUUUAUCUACUUUAAAUUACAGAAUGCUAAUGUUUUGAGAAAACUAUUAAAUUAUAGUUUAAGGACAGUUAUACCAGGGAGCUAAUUCCCAACCUUCAGUAUGUAGCACUCACUGUAAGCAACCUUACAAAUAGAGGUAGUCUAAGACAGUAGUAACAAACUAGGCCUUGUCUGGUAAAAGGGAUAGAAUUAACAAAUGUAUUGAUGGCGUAACCUCUACAGCUAUGUCCUUAUUUUGUGAUAAUGUACCCCGAAUAUUAGAUUGUCGAACUAACAAUGGCUGUGUUAAAGAAGACUAAAUAAACCAAAAAAUAAAAAAGUA